GCCUGUCUGUCUGUCUCUGUCGGAAUAGAUCGCGCCAACGCGGAAUGCUCAGCAAAAAAAAAGUACCCAGGAGAACCUAUCUUCCUGCAGUAGACAAGCCCGAGAGAGGAAGGUAAUGAGAAGUGUGCAGAUUCGAGACAGCGGAUACAGUUGAGAACUUUCACUACUCUUUUCUUGCACAACAUGUUCUGGUCAAAGAAGGAAGAAACUUCAGCGACGCCGACGGCAACUGUGCCCGAAACCAAAGACGACGACUUUCACACGCCGCCUAAUGACGAUGGUAACGAGCUUAGCAAUAUGGAGAGCAUCAUCAACGACGUGAUUGGUGAAGGCAAGAAGGGCUCCAACACAUUGCGAGACAAAGCAAGCUCCAGGGCAGAAUCUUUAGAACUACACAAAUUUCCGAAGGAAAUGUCAUGUAUGACUGCGCUAGACGAACUAAUGCAAUGCAUGUCGCUAGGAGGACAGAUCCGUAGUUACUACAGAUACGGCGAUUUGACGCUCUGCGACAAGCAGUCGGAAAAACUCAACUUCUGUUUCUCAAAUUCCCUCAACACCGAAGACGUCAAGGAGGUGAACGUGCAGGACUUUUACAAGAAGCGGCUAGUGGAGCAGUUGAAAAGAGGAAGUAGUGAAGAUAUCUGGGAGUCUAGGGAAUAAGUGUAAAAGCCCGUCGGUGUAUCUUUUACCUAAACUGUAUAUAGAAAUAAAACUAGACUAUUUGAUGAAACUCCCCCGCCUGAAACAUGGCGGUGCGUGGCAGAUACUGUUGGAAAAUGGCAUGGUGAUAUGACAGAUAAAGAAACCAUGGUGAUCGGGCAGCCUC